GCAGGACAGCUGACCCAAACUGGCCAAAGGGAUAUUUCAUAUUGUAUGAUGUCAUGCUGAACAAUAAAACUGGGGGGAGUUGGCUGGGGGGUGGCAGCCCGCUGCUCGGGGACUGGCUGGGCAUUGGUCAGUGUGUGAUGAGGUUACUACACUACAGGCUUUCUGCUGAUUUGUGAAGAGGCAUUACUUGGCUUUGUCUUCUGAGACCUCGUGGCUGAAUAACCGGUAUAGAGAAACAUACCUUUGGUAUCGAGCAGCACUGUCAUCCAGUGUAUUAGAAGGUCAUCUAACCUGAGGGGACCGAAACAGCUGAACAUCCCUGAAGAUGCUUUAACAUCAGUGGAGGUCUCCCAUGUUGAGACAGGAACUCUGUUUGCUGAAGACCAGGAAAUACAAGGAGAUUUGGAAGACCUCUGUGAUCUAGAGGGAUCAGAAUAUUCCUUUCAAACAACCAUGGAAGAGCUUGAGGAAAAUCAGAAGGAUAUUCAACUUACUUUACAGGAACCCCAGAAUAAUGAUAACAAGAAGCAACAGCAGGAAAAGAUGCAGGGAGCCAUCAGACACAUGACAACAUCAUCUUUCAUCUCAGACAGCAAAAGAGAGAGCUUGGACACAAAGUGUCAUAUGGCACAUUUGGACAUGAAGGAAGGAACCAGUGUUUUGCAGUCAGAAGUAUCUACCAGUGCAGAGGAGCUGGAACAGCUCUGUGGCAAGGAGGUCACAGCAGCUGAUAUUGAGCUUGAGAGGAUGAGGUGGGAUUUUGUGCUGGCUAAACUGAAAUAUGAACAUGAGGAUAAUGAAAAGCAAAGGCUUCAUGAAGAGAGAAUGCAGCAGAUUCAUCAACAGGCAGUAAAAAGAUCAUUUAGCCAAGGACUCCAAGACCUACUCCGGCCCCCGAACCCGUAUGCCUUGUUCCUAUACUGCUUCAUCGUUAUUCAUGUUAUUUAUACACUAAAGGAGCUGUCCUUCUACUUUUUCCAAACCCAUUAUCUGUUCUGUUUUGCUGUUGUGGUCUUUUACAUUCUCAAAAAGAUUUUCCAGGAUUACAAAAAUAAGAAGAAAUAUCCUUAAAAAGGCAGCAUAUUGUACUCAUUUUGCCCCUGUUUUUGCUGCUUUUUUAUUAUCUUUUCCUCACUACACCAAUCAUACAUGCAGGAUUUCAGAUAUUGCUAUAUGCGCAGUAGACUAAUUAUGGAAAACUAACUGAUUUCCUCAAGAAAAUUCCGACUGAAUGACAUCAUUUGACUUCAUGCUGUCUCACCAACAUGUUUGGCAUCAUUCAGGGGCAUUCGUCUAUACAAAUAAAGUUAUACACAAUAAGAA